GAAGGGGCGGAAGUGAUUAUCCUAAUGGAGUCGAUGCUAAUGUCCACGUCGGCGGCUCUUUCCUACCACAAUGCCGCGGACUUUUACCCACGAAAGUUGGGACCCAAGCCCGACGUGGUUCCCUCCGGGGUGACCGAGCGGAAGGUUGGCCCGCCGGACAAACCGGACAUGGUGGCCGUGGACGUCAUCAACGUCAGCGAACACGAGAUGCCGCCGAUGCACAAGAAGAAGCACGACACAUACGUCCUGGGCACCAUUCAUCCCUUCAGGAAGACACACAGGUCGUUUCCUGGGAAACUCCUGCAAGAAUUCCGAUUGGUCACAUCUGACAGACGGUCGUGGAGAAUCGUGCUGUUCGGUUUGCUCAACCUGAUGUGCACCGCCUGCCUCCUGGUGUGGUGCAGCUCCACCAACAGCAUGGCUCUGACGGCGUACACCUACCUCACCAUCUUUGACCUCUUCAGUUUGAUCACAUGUCUGAUCAGCUCCUGGGUGAACAUGAAGAGGCCCAGCCAGGUGUACUCCUUCGGGUUUGACCGUCUGGAGGUUUUGGCCGUUUUUGCCUCCACUGUGCUGGUCCAGCUGGGAGCCUUGUUCAUCCUCAAGGAGAGUGUGGAGCGCUUCAUGGAGCAACCCGAGGUCCAUACCGGUCGGUUGCUGGUGGGAACAUUUGUGGCCCUCUUCUUCAACCUGCUGACACUUCUGUCCGUACGCAACAAACCCUUCGCGUGUGUGUCACAAGCGGCCAGCAGCAGUUGGCUUCAGGAACACGUUGCGGAUCUGAGCAGAAGUUUGUGCGGCGUGAUUCCAGGUCUGAGCAGCGUUUUGCUGCCUCGCAUGAACCCUUUCGUCCUGAUCAACCUGGCGGGGGCGCUGUCCCUCUGUGUCACCUACUUACUCAUCGAAAUUAACGACUACAACGGCGCGGACACCGCGUCGGCGGUGGCCAUCGCCCUCAUGACCUUUGGCACCAUGUAUCCCAUGAGCGUGUACAGCGGAAAAGUGCUGCUGCAGACCACGCCCUCUCACAUCAUCGGUCAGUUAGACAAGCUGCUACGAGAGGUGUCGACGCUGGACGGCGUGCUGGAAGUUCGCAACGAGCAUUUCUGGACGCUCGGGUUCGGGUCUCUGUAUUUUUGACCGACCGCCCCUCCCAAAAAAAAAUGAAAUCAAUCAAUAACAUUUCUGGCUCCGUGGCGACCUUCACGUCAGGGAGUUCCGGCAAGAAAUUCUAACCACUUUCACCCCUGCCUCCA